CCUCAACAACAAAACACUCCGUAGCCAUUUGUAGCUCGAGAGGAGCGAGCGGCCGCCGAGCCGCGGCCGCGCAGAGGCCGAGCUGGCACAGGUCCCCGCAUGCGCGCGGUGCAGGCGGCCAAGGAGGAGGCGGAGGCAGCAGGCGCAGCGCCCGACCCGCCAUUCACGCGGGAGGAGUUCGACAAGCUCCUGGCCGAGAACAAGACGCUGCGGGCCGAGAAUGCCAAGCUGAAGGAGUCCAAGACGGUCGAUGGCGGCAAGGGUGUGCCCGCCGUGGGGUUAGGCGACGAGCUCCAAGCAUUGCCCACGGAAAAGUACGAGGGUUUUUUUGAUCCUGGCGACAAGGGCCGAGUAUCUUCGGAACCGUAUAUCGGUGACGAUGGCAAGCAGAGGUUCAAGGUCACGUGGUACCGCACUGGCAAGACUUCGGUCCGUGUCGCAAGUACUUGGCCGAAGGGUUUCAAGAUAAUUGGGAAGGCGGGCCAGCCGGCUUUCGGCGACGAGCUAAUGGUGCUGCCGCUGGAGAAGUUUGAGGGCUACUUUGAGCCCGGCGACAAGGGUCGGGUCUCCUCCGAGCCUUUCGUUGACGAGGCGGACGGCAAGAUCAAAUUCAAGGUCACGUGGUACCGAACCGGCAAGACCUCGCAGAGGGUGGCAGACGGAUGGAUGUCUGGCUUCCGGCUGGUUGGCAAGGCGCGCCAGCCUGAGAAGGGCGACGAGCUGCAGGCCCUGCCCCUCGAGAAGUUCGAUGGCUUCUUCGAGCCUGGAGACAAGGGUAAGGUCUCUUCCGAUCACUUCAUUGACGCGAAAGACGGCAAGCUCAAGUUCAAGGUCACGUGGUACCGCACCGGCAAGACCUCGACCCGUGUUGCGGAGGGCUGGAUGAGAGGCUUCAGGUUUGCCGAUGAGAGUGAUACGGAGCACGUCAACGCCGAGAACAAGAAACACAUGGAGGACGCCGUAAAGGACGUCACGAAUCAGCCGGCCGGCAAGCCGAUCGAGCUCAUCAGCGGUCAGCCCAAGGCGGCGGCCAUGGGGCUGUACCACUUUAUGAGGGUCAGCGAUCCUUUCGCGGAGGAUAGCGCGAACAAGGUCGAGAAGGAGAUCACGCAAUUCGUGCAGAAGCUUAGGGAGUACGCGAUGAUAUUGGGCUACCACAACGACGUGCCUGAGCAGCGAGAGCACAUUGAGCACAUCUACGGGAAGGAAAGCGUCGCCGAGGCCAAGGAUGAGAUCGACUACUUCAGGAAGGUGGCGCGUCUCCCCGACGACUCGACCGCUUUGGCCGUCGCGUCGCGCGUUGAGGAAGAGACCCUCGGGAAUAUCAAGUACAUCUUAUACGAGAAGGCCAGUGAGGUGUUCGUUGCGGGCCCAGACGGCAUACGCGACAAGGGCCGUGGCCCAGUAGGAAUCCAGGAUUUCAUGAAGAACAAGACUGUUGCAGACGCAGAGCUGACAUUGGCCCAUGUCGUUGCGCUGCGGUUCUACACGACACCAGGGUACAAGUAUCUGAACUCACCGUUUCGGAACCAGGACCGGUACUAUCACAAAAACAAGCAGCACCCCAUGCCCAUCACAAUGGCGUACAUCUCGGAGGGCAUCAAGAAGCUGCGCUCCGCCUACGCGGUCAAGGUCGAGGAGGGCCAGGCAAGCACGCACAUGGUUCUCUGGCGGGGCCUCAGGAACAUGUACAUGCCGGACGACUUCCUCCUGAACCGGAAGGGCGGUACCGAGCUGGCGCCCAUGUCCACCACGACCGAUAUUCAGGUGGCGGCGCGCUACGCGUGCAGCGGCGAGUCGGUCCUGCUGAAGAUCUCCCUGGACAACUUCAUGCAGUACGGGGCGGAGCUCGGCUGGCUCUCGGCCUUCCCGGGCGAGGUGGAGGUGCUCUACCCGCCCCUGACCUACUUGCAGCCCACGGGCAAGCCGCCCCAGGUGGUGGAGCUGAGCACCGGCGUCAAGUUCACUGUGCACGAGGUAACGCCAACCAUCCCAUGAGUGCCAGCGUGUGUGCUCGUGAGUGUUCCGGGCUGUUGUGCGGCUCGCUCCAACAUGUGCCUCUAGUGAUGCAUACGUGCAUGUAUUUCAGAUGCGUCCUGUUUACACCCAACUUCGUGACGCUUCGCAGUGCAGUGAUCAUUGCAUUCCCGAGCGGAGGCAGGUUUUCUGCAUGACCGAGUCGAGGAGCGAUGGGGCGCUCAGGCACGGCAGCUUGCGCUAGGGGCGUGCAUAACAGCCCCGUGCCCGCAGAGCCUCGAUCAUUGGCGCAGGGCAAGCGCAUCGGACUUUGCCGAUCGCACGCGUUUUACCAAUCUGUUACGUUUCAUUUCUGGCCCCCCUCGGCGUGAAGACCAUGCCAGGGCGUCGUGCCAGCAGUACUUGUCUCACGGCUUGUUGUGUGGUACUGUUUUGAUGCUCCUGGCAGUUGGGGCUUGUUUGCACCGCAGCGCCAGGCACGUCACCAGGAUCUGAUGAUCCCUGCUCACCAAGGAAUCCGAUUCGAGUUUGGAUUAGUUUUGUCUGCUCGAUCUGUUUUCCAAUGGAAUUGCGCCUUCUGACCAAACUGUACGCCGUCAGGCUUAAGCAUGCCAGCGACACAGUUUGUGCCUCACGCAAGAAAAAAA